AUGGUGAUCAGUGGGAUCAUGCUGUUCGAUCCAUUGGGUUUCUGUUUAGUUUGUCUUUGCCUAAAUAUUAUGGGAGAUGCUUGGAAGCCAAGCCUGGCUUGGGAGAAUGACUUAAUUGAUGCUUUUGUUAACGUCGCUGCUGCUGCUGCCGCCGCCGUUAGCAUCUUCCGCAACGAGAUAGUCAAUGUCAUUCCUCUCCCUACGUGGUCGCUGGUACAAGCACGCCUAGUUGAACACAGGGUUGAUUUGCCGUAUUCGGAUGACAAUGAGUACAUGGUUCCAGCUGCAGAAUCGUCAGUUGACGAGAUGCUAAUCAAGGUUAGGGUUGAAGAUGAAGCCGAAGAAAAAGAUUGCGUUAUAUGUUUGGAGCAACUCAAGGUUGGAUCCGACGCUUCUUCGAUGCCUUGUAAGCAUAUUUUUCAUGGUGAUUGCAUCCAAGAGUGGCUGAGUACCAGCCAUUAUUGCCCUAUCUGCCGCUUCGAGAUGCCAACACAUUAG